UGGUCGACGCGGGUUUGUUUUGCACUCCUCAGACUUCCUCCUCUGCGUGUUUUUUAUAAACAAACCGCAUAUUUCUCCCGCCGGGGGCUCCCGCACGGUUAUCCCGUCUGUUUGUCCAACAUUGUCGGAUUUAGUUUUAACAAAAGGUCGCGGAGGAACUUUUUUUAAAGCUGUUUUUAAAAGAAAAGAGAGAGAGAGAAAGAGAGAGAAAGAAAGAAAGAGAGAGAGCUGCUGUCUGUCUGUGUUUGGCUUUUAUUGUCCGCGAGCCAGCCAGCGCGUGGUCGACUGUUGGACCUACCGACCGACACGUACCUGGGUUUUUUUUCCGCCUCUUGUCAAACACAUUUGACCCGCUGUGUGAAGACUGACGAGCUCCGGGGUUGUCAGACAUGGUGAAGCUGACAAAGGCCAAGACUUUCCAGGCUUACCUGGACUCCUGCCACCGUCGCUACAGCUGCGUGCACUGCCGCGCCCACCUGGCCAACCAUGACGAUCUUAUCUCCAAGUCGUUCCAAGGCAGCCAGGGCCGAGCCUACCUCUUCAACUCUGUGGUGAACGUCGGCUGCGGUCCUGCAGAGGAGAGGCUGCUGCUCACGGGACUUCACGCAGUAGCUGACAUCUACUGUGAAAACUGUCACACCACACUGGGCUGGAAAUAUGAGCAAGCGUUUGAGCUGAGUCAGAAGUACAAGGAGGGGAAGUUCAUCAUCGAGCUGUCCCACAUGAUAAAGGACAACGGCUGGGACUGAGAGGAAAGCCUUCACCGCUCUUCAUGACUUUUUCAAAAAGUUGCAUCCCUCGACAUAAAAAGGGUUCCAGUGUAGCUUCCUCAUCCCGCGUACGAGCCAUCACUGUGCCACACUUUCACUUCGUACGGCUUUGCCAAGAAUAGCAUGUGAUGCCUUAUCUUUUACUGUUCUUCAUUGUUUCCGGGCGACCACAACAACAACACAUUUGUUGAUAUUUGCUAUCCCGAUUGCUAGUUGUGCUGGGACAUGGACUGAAUGAGUGCGGGGGGGGGGUUUGUGUGUGAACGACUGGGAGAUGUUAGUCACACAGGUGUGUGUGCAUGUUGGAUUUUAAAGUGUUUGAGUGAUGAAAUCCUUAUCGGCCACCACUAAAACACGCUCUGUGGGGGGCGAGAGCAGAGCAAGUCAAAUAAUUUGACCUUCCCACACAUCGGAUGAAGAUAUUUGGGUUUUCCUUCUAAGUUUAAGGUGCACAUUUAGACAAAUCUGGCCCAAACCAAGACGUUUUUAGGCCUGUUUAGUCCUGUAAGGCUCUGGGAGAGCUUACAGCAGCAGAGAGGGGCUUGUUUUUUUAGUGAAAUUUGUGUUUUUUAUGGUAAGAUCAGAAACACUUAUAUAUUCUGCCAAAGGCAAUCAGGAUGUUGAAUCAGUAAAGUUAAAGCCUGCAAGUCUCCUGCAAGAUUUCUUAAGUCUGGAAUGUGAGUGUCUGCAUGUAGGUAUACAUUUUAGUGUGUGCGUGUGUGUUUGUGGGUGUGAGUGAGUGAGUGUGUGUGUGUGUGUGUGUGGGUGGGUGGAUGUCUUGAGCUGGAUGGUGUCGUCUCGGGGUUCACGUCUAGAGUUUCCACUGCACAGCUGGGAUGUCUUCACUUUUACUUCAUGCUGAUGAGAUCUAUCCUACACGUGUUUGUGUAUAUCCUAACACUGAGCCGCCCUCACAGAUACAUUUACUCGAUUGUGUUAGAGCAAAAGUGUGAUUAGGAUUGUGUAGCAUAUUUAUGGUGAUUUUUCUUUUUUUUUUUUUUAAAUAUCUGCUUCUUUCAUUAAAAGUGUAUUAUUUUAACCUAAUCUUUCAUUAAAAUACAGUGUGUCUGUAACACAU